AAUGACCAUAAGUCAAAAUUUCUGUUUGUUUUAAGUCAACAAACUUCGGCUUAAAAUGUGUUUUGUAACGUAAAUGUAUUUCGUUACCGAAAUUUGAACCUUUUUGUUUCCGCCAAAAGUACAAGCCUUUUGUGUCGUUUUUUUGUCAAACCGAAGUUUUCCGCAAUGGUGUCAGAAGGUGUCUUCUCCUGCGAAUUCGAGGUAUUCGGAAAGGUGCAAGGCGUCAAUUUCCGGCGACAUGCCUUGCGAAAGGCCAAAACUCUGGGACUCCGGGGCUGGUGCAUGAACUCCGGCAGGGGAACCGUGAAGGGCUACAUCGAGGGUCGCCCCGCCGAGAUGGACGUGAUGAAGGAGUGGCUCAGGAACACGGGCAGUCCUCUCUCCAACGUCGAAAGGGUCGAGUUUAGUUCUCACAGGGAGCGCGAUCGAUAUGGCUAUACCAACUUUCACAUCAAACCCGAUGCGAACGAGGAGGCCCCAGGAAAGGAAAGACUAGACACUAGUUCCAGCAAUACGGACGUAUCUUAGUGGCUAUUGGCGGAACAAUAAAAUAAAAGGUCAACAAAAUUGUUUCCAAUUUAAA